AUGUCAUCUACUAUACCCGAAAAAAUGCAAGCAGUCAUCUUCAAGAAGCCUUAUCAAGUCGCAGUUGAAGAUGUACCCACGCCUAAAAUACAGGAUGAGAGUGAUAUCAUAUUAAAAGUUCACUUGGCUGGAUUAUGUGGAUCCGAUCUGCAUCUUUAUAGAGGUCAUGAAGACUGCGGUAAAGAUUAUACAUUGGGUCACGAAGUAGUAGGAACUAUUGUUGAGAAAGGAAAACAAGUUGAGAAGUUUAAUUUGGGUGAUGUUGUUGCUGUACCAUUUACAGUAUCAUGCGGUGAAUGCUGGUACUGCAAUUCAUCACACACAGCACGAUGCAAACACUCCCAAUUAUUCGGCACACCAAACCUUCAAGGAUGUCAAGCUGAAUACGUUCGAAUCCCAUUAGCUGAUGGAUGUGUAUUUAAGAAACCUGAUCAAUUACCUGAUGAAUUAAUGUUACUCAUGGCGGAUAUAUUACCUACUGGAUACAGUGCAGCUGCGAAUGCAAGGGCUUUAUUAGAUGGUCCAACACAAGAGAAAAGUAUAAAAGAUGAUGUUUGUGUGGUCAUAGGUUGUGGUCCUGUCGGCCUAUGUGCCAUUUCAUCAGCAUUGACCAUGUUUUCCAAAGUAUACGCAACAGACCUCACUGCAUCCCGAUUGACUUUGGCUUCGAAACACGGUGCUAUAGCCUUACCAUCUUCUGAACUCAAAGCAGCGGUGUUGGAAGCUACGGACGGUAGAGGUGCAGAUGCAGUGCUGGAAGUUGUAGGACAUGAAGGUGCACUUCUGACUGCUUUGGAUAUCGUAAGACCCUAUGGAGCUGUAAGUAGUGUUGGAGUACAUAGUCAGAUCAUCAAGUUGAACGGUGGUGCUCUGUAUGACAAGAACGUCAAAUUCCAAUUCGGUAGAUGUUCCGUCAGAACAUUCUAUGCUGCAGCUUUAGAAGUUCUUUCAGCCAAUCAAGAUUUAUUCAAGAGUUUCAUCGAACAUAAAGUUGGUUUCAGUCAAGCUGAAGAGUAUUAUGCUCUUUUCGAAAAGAACAAAGUGGCUAAAACGGUGUUCGUUCCAGGUCAAUAA